GUAAAAAAUUAAACAUGUGUGGGUACAGCCAAUGUUCUUUCUUAGGAUCGGAUUACGAUAUAAUCCAACACAUGAUAAAAGAUCAUGAAGAAAAAACAAUUAAUCACCCAAAAAGAAAAACUUUUUCUUGUCCGUACUGUGACGUCACAACAGUGAAAUCCCGUAAUUUGCAAAUGCACAUUCACAACAAACACAAGGAACAAAAUGAAUUGGAAAACAAAGUACCAAUACAAAUAAAAACUUACUAUUGCGUGUACUGUAACUACACAACAUUGGUAAGCCAAGGUUUACAAAUGCAUAUUUAUAACAAACAUAAGGAAGAAAAUGAGUUGAAAAAGAAAGUAGCCAUAACAAUAAAAACUUUCUCCUGUAUGUACUGUGACUUUACAGCAGUGGCAAACCGAACUCUACAAAGUCACAUUUACAGCAAACAUAAAGAACAAAAUGGGUUGGAAGUACAAACUUACUCUUGUGUGUACUGUAACUUUACAACCAAUAAAAAUACUACUCUACAAAGCCACGUUUAUGCCAGACAUAAACAACUUAAUGAGUUAGAAAAUAAAGUAGAAAUAAAAAUAAAACCUUACUUUUGCGUGUACUGUGACUACACAACUCUUAAAAGCCAAUAUUUACAACUUCACAUUGAUAAGAAACAUAAAGAAAAAAAGGGCUCAGUAGACAUAAAAUGUCUGUACUGUGACUUCAUUACAAUGGAAAAUCAGUUGUUACAAAACCACACCUAUGACAAACAUAGAGAACAAAGUGAAUUAGAAAAUAAGGUAUAAAAAACAACAACAUGCGAUAAGAAAACAUUACAAAGGCACAAGAUUUCAAAACGUAAAAAACGAAAUAUUAUGCUGAAAAAACAAAACAAAACUCACCCUUGUAUGUACUGUAGAUAUGCAAUAUAUUGUAAUCAAGGAUUGCAAAAACACAUAUUUUUGUGCCAUAAAGAACAAAAUGAGUUGGAACAAAAAGUUAAAAUAACCAUUAAAACCUACUCUUGUGAUAACUGUUACUACCAUACCUUGCAAAAAGGAGCUUUUGACAAGCAUAAAUGUAAGAAAACAAAAUAGUCACAGAAUUUUAAUAAUGUGAACUUUAAAACGAAAUAAUAUUAGAGAAGAUAAUUUUAGGUCCUUUAACAAUUGUAGUUAAAUAUGGUUUUGACCACUGUGGACCUCAUCAGUGUCAGGUAGCCAUGUGGUGUUGAACCCGUCUCAAACAAACUGUUUUUUAGUGUAAGUUGUGAAGUCACUUACCGAUUUUCUUAGAUUUAGGAAUUUGUAAUUGGGUUAUUAAUAAUUUAUCAAACCUGUAACGUAUGUUAGUAAGUACAAGUAAUAUCUUACUGUAUAAUCUAUAUAUGAAGAUUAUUUAAACUAUCAAUGUAACUAAU